AUGGAGAAGUCAAUACCAAACACACUUGCAAUAUUUCGAUACGAUGCUGCACCAGUUACUGAAUUUGACAAUUCUGACUUGUUAGAACAUAACAGUGAAACAGUAUCUGGAUCAUCUCUGAGCUCUUCCUCAUCAAAAGUAAAAAGUCAGUAUGUUCCAAUUAUAAGGCAAUCAUUGUUGAUUAGCUCACUUCUUGAACAAUUAUGCUCACUGUAUGAAACUGAUAAAGUGAAAUCACAAAAACUUUAUUUUAUUCUGUGUGAUCAACUCGCAAAUUUGGGGAUUAUAUCUCCCGUUGCAUAUUUGGAAGAAUUUACGUCGGUGCAUACUCAAUAUAAAAAAACACUGUACAACAUUAUACAAUCAUCUAUCAUGAAGCUAGAUUCAAAGCCAGCAUUUCCAGCCAACUGUGAUAUUACAAAACUGCUUGAUCCUGGAGGACUGAUGGAUUGCAAACCCAUCAUUCCUGACCAAACAAAAGUUUUCGACUUUGAUACUUCAAGGUAUGGUCAAGAAUUUGACGAAUUGGGUAAACUGGGUUCUGGUGGUUACGGCAGUGUUUACCGUGCGCGAAGCAAGAUUGAUGGACAAGAGUAUGCUAUCAAAAUAGUUUUGCGCGAUUCACUAGUUGGCGAGAGUGAUAAAAUACUGCUUAGAGAAGUGCGUAUACUGGCUGGCUUGCGUCACAAAAACAUUGUUCGUUAUCAUGGUGCUUGGAUUGAGCAUAUUGAUGUUGGAGAAGACGUGAGAUUUCGGGGACGAAGAGAUUUACUUGAGGAUUGCGAGUGUUCAAAACAAAAAGAUCAUUUCUCUAUUUCUCCUCCUCAGUCUGAUGAGGAUCUUGUGUUCCAAGACUCCAAGCCUCGUCAUAUUGAUACGAGUUACAAUGACAGAUCAUCAGCGGCGAAUCCCGAGUCACCUCCCAAGGAAACUAUCUUGACUCAUGGCGUUCGAAGAGAUAUGAAUAUGCACAGAGUGAGAAGUUUUAUUAUUACCAAAGACUUGCCUCCUGCAGCUAAUCGUGGAGAUUUCACUAAACCUGUACGUACUCAGUCUUUGAGCACUUUUCAGGAUCGUUUAUCUACAAAUUCAUUAGAUUUGGAUUGUGUGGCAAUAGGGAAAAAAUCUAAAAGUUUCGUUCAUUCUAAUUUAAGGAAGGGAAAGCUGGUGCUUAACAUUCAAAUGGAACUUUGUCAGACAUCUUUGAAACGCUGGCUUUCAUUGAGGAAUAAGAAUAUUUUUCAUAGGAAUGAAAGCUUUCAGGAAGGCACAUCUUUACAUUGCAUGAGACAAAUAGUAUCUGCGCUCAACUUUAUUCAUUCCAAAGAUUUGACUCAUCGAGAUGUUAAACCCCACAAUAUAUUUCUAAAUUUAACUGGAUAUGGCAAACCUCAUUUAUUACUUGGAGACUUCGGUCUCGCCUUUGCAAGUCCAGUUGAUUCCACUGUUUCAAAUCAUAGUAGUCAAAAUACUUUAUAUAUGGGUUUGCGUCGUACUGACAGUCACACUUCGGGCGUUGGUACAACAUCGUAUGCUGCACCAGAGCAACUUUUUGCAGAUGUCAAUACAUCUGAGGAUCGAGUUUGCAGAAAGGUCGGCGUCUGA